AGUUUUCCCAUAAUUUUAUAAAUCACCAUUGAAAGGAUCAAGAUUUAAAAUCGAUUAAAUUGCACGUCAUGAUCGAAGCAACCGAAUUAGCUGUCGACGAUUACUCGAAAUACCUAAAAACUGAUACACAAUCGGAGGUUAAAUCGAUAGAAGAAACCAUAGAGAACAUGCUGAUGCGAUUCGAAGAAUACAAGGGAACACUAGAAAUGAUUUCAUCGGAACGAAGUGAAAUAGAAUCGGCGUACAAGAAUAUCAUGAAAUUGAAAAGCGACGUGAGCGAAUUAGCUUACAGAGUCGACGGUAUGGAGAUGUUCAUUAGUCGAGUACAUCGUGAUAUGAACUCAUUAGAGACACAGCUGCUCGAAGCCGAACAAGAUUACCCAGAUAGGUCAGAAAUGACGUUGAAAAGUUUAUUCAAGCCCAUUAUUUCUAAAAUUUCACCGGAAUUGGCUCAGGAAGCUAGUGCUAGCGGUAUGUCGAGUGCUACUGUUUCAUCGUACGAGAAAGUCGAAAUAAUCAAUACCGAUGAAUUAUUCAAACCUAGCGAAGAUUAAUGAGUUACCAAUCACCAUUUUUGUGGUCGAACUCGAAAUGUUUCUAAAUGAAGAGCAAUAAUUCGUCGUAUCGGCGAAGUUUGAGAAUACGGUGCAUCUUCUGUUCGAAUGAGCUUAGAGCUAAAUUAUAAUACCUGAUACGUUCUGUGAUUCCGCGAAUUUUUUACAAUAAUUAUUCAAUAUGAUGAUAAAUAAGGACAAGGAGGGUUUUUUUAACGUUUAAGUGAUGUUUUUUCAUCGUUACUUUGUUCCAUAAAGUUUUAGUUGUGA